CGACGGCGACGGCAGCACCUCCAACGAUGGCGAUGGCGGUGGAGGAGUCGGCGGCGACGGUGCAAUUGAUGGCGGCGGCGGCGGCGGCGGCGGCACUUGCCCUGCACUGGGUGUCACGCACAGCAGGGGCCCGCCCUGCACCACUAGCUCCCCCGCCACCCAGCAGCGGCAGCUGCCAGGUGGCUGGUGCACCCGAUACCCAUGCCUGCCCAGCUUUUGCACCCGGCUGCUGCCUGCACGGCUGGUCUUUGCUGCGACGUUCAUCGUGAGCAAGGUGUAA